CUUCUUCUCAUUUGUUUAUUUGGAUUUCCGAUCUUCUAUCUAAUCAUGAGGGGGGUUGCGAAGCAUGAACGUCGAUGGGGUUCAGACAACCUCACCGGGAAUACGUUCAGUGACGCAUCUUCGCCGGCCACGGAGGAGUACGUUGAGGUGACACUUGAUUUCAAGGAUGAUGACACCAUCAUCCUCCGCAGCGUUGAACCUGCCGGCGCUUUUGAUAUCGAGUCCGACACCACAAAAAGUGGAUAUCUGACACCGGCAUCGGUGUCUAGGUCGCCGACGUUGAUACGAAGUACGUCGAAUCGGAUACUUCAGUUCUCACAGGAGUUGAAGGCGGAGGCGGUGGCGAAGGCGAAGCAGAUCUCUCGGAGGUUCUCCUGGGGUCAUGGAAAAGCUUUUUCUUCGUCUCAGAAUGGAGCAGGUUCUGGAUUCGAUUUAGCUCUCGCAGCUCGAGCUCUACGUCGACAGAGAGCUGAACUCGAUCGGACUAAAUCUGGAGCUCAGAAAGCUCUUCGAGGACUUCGAUUCAUUAGUAAUCGUAAAGGCGUCGAUGGAUGGAGCCAAGUCGAAAACAAUUUCGAAAAGUUCGCCAAAGACGGUUUCCUUCAACGCUCAGAUUUUGCUCAAUGCAUAGGAAUGAAGGAUUCUAAAGAAUUUGCGCUCGAGAUGUUCGAUGCUCUGAACCGGAGGAGAAGGUUGAAGCUCGAUAAGAUCAAUAAAGAGGAACUGUAUGAGUUUUGGUCACAAAUCACAGAUGAGAGUUUCGAUUCUCGCCUCCAAAUCUUCUUCGACAUGGUGGACAAGAACGAAGAUGGUCGAAUCGGAGAAGAAGAGGUGAAGGAGAUUAUUGAGUUAAGUGCGUCUGCAAAUAAAUUAGCGAGACUGAAAGAGCAGGCGGAGGAGUAUGCAUCUCUGAUCAUGGAGGAGCUUGAUCCAGAAGAGCUUGGCUAUAUCGAGCUAUGGCAACUGGAGACACUUCUGCUCCAGAAAGAUACGUACCUGAACUACAGCCAAGCAUUGAGCUACACGAGCCAGGCAUUGAGCCAGAACCUACAGGGGCUGAGGAGGAGAAGCCCAAUUCAGAGAUGGAGUACCAAGGCAAUCUAUUUCGUGGAAGAGAACUGGAAGAGAAUCUGGUUGUUUGUUUUAUGGAUUGGAGUCAUGGCUGGUCUCUUCACAUGGAAAUGGAUUCAGUACAAGAACAGGGCAGCUUUCCAGGUCAUGGGUUACUGUCUCCUUGUAGCCAAGGGUGGUGCCGAGACCUUAAAAUUGAAUAUGGCCAUCAUUCUGUUUCCCGUUUGCAGAAACACCAUUACCUGGUUCAGGUCCACCAAGCUCGCUCAAAUCUUCCCCUUCGAUGACAACAUCAACAUUCACAAGUCGAUAGCGGCAGCAAUCGUAAUUGGUAUUAUUCUUCAUGCCGGCGACCACCUUGUUUGCGAUUUCCCCCGGCUAAUUCGGUCUUCUCCAGACGCCUACAGAAUGUAUUUGGCUGCAGAUUUCGGUUCAAAAAAGCCCACAUACAACCAAAUAAUGCAAGACCUAGAGCCCCUAACCGGAGUUAUAAUGGUGAUCUUAAUGGCAAUUUCAUUCACACUUGCCACAACUUGGUUCAGGCGGAGUAAGCUUCCCAAACCCUUCAACAAGCUCACUGGCUUCAACGCCUUUUGGUAUUCUCACCACCUCUUUGUCAUCGUAUACGCCUUGCUCAUCGUCCAUGGCCUCUAUCUCUACCUCGAACACGUCUGGUAUCAAAAGACGACGUGGAUGUAUAUAGCCGUUCCAGUUCUUCUAUAUGCUGGUGAAAGGACCCUGAGAUUCUUCAGAUCGGGCUUCUACUCUGUUCCCCUUCGGAAGGUUGCUAUUUAUCCUGGCAAAGUCCUGACCCUGCAAGUGAGCAAGCCUUCCCAAUUCCGCUACAAGAGUGGACAGUACAUGUUCGUCCAAUGUCCCGCUGUUUCUCCAUUCGAGUGGCAUCCAUUUUCAAUCACCUCAGCACCAGGGGACGACUACUUGAGCGUCCACAUUAGGCAACUGGGUGACUGGACAAAUGAGCUAAGGAGGGUCUUCGAACAGGUUUGUGAAGCUCCCGAGUCUGGGAAAAGUGGGCUUCUUAGAGUUGACGAAUCCACCACUAAAAGUCUGCCAAAGCUCUUGAUCGACGGGCCUUAUGGAGCUCCAGCUCAGGACUACCGCAAAUAUGAUGUUCUUCUACUUGUUGGACAAGGAAUUGGUGCAACACCUUUCAUCAGUAUUGUCAAAGAUUUGCUCAACAAUCUGUUUAAAGCAGAGGAGCUGUCGAACGAUGGCAACAAGGGAAGGAAGUCACUGAAAACUACUAAUGCCUAUUUCUACUGGGUAACCAGAGAACAAGGUUCCUUUGACUGGUUCAAGGGAGUAAUGAAUGAAGUGGCUGAGUUAGAUAACAAGGGUGUGAUUGAGUUGCACAAUUACUUGACAAGUGUGUAUGAAGAAGGUGAUGCUCGUUCCACCCUCAUCACAAUGGUUCAAGCUCUUAACCACGCCAAGAAUGGAGUAGACAUAGUUUCUGGCACUAAAGUUCGUACCCAUUUCGGAAGGCCCAAGUGGAGAAAGGUCUACUCAAGACUCAGAUCAAAGCACCCUAAUGCUACCAUUGGGGUCUUCUACUGUGGGGCGGCAAUCUUGGCUAAAGAACUGAACAAGCAAUGCUAUGAAUUCAACCAGAAAGACUCCACAAGGUUCGAAUUCCACAAGGAGCACUUCUGAGGUUUCCGGCUUGUGCUGCCUCUUUACUUAACCUUCACUUCCCACCACUCACUACCUUUUGUA